CAGACGACAUUCAAAGGUAAAGAACUUUAGUGCGCAACGCAGGGUGCGUAUCACGAAAAAAGACUCGUGAUACGGUGAGGUGAAGGACAGGAUUGAUAAUGCGGUCGGUUCCAUUACAACUUUGAUUGCGUGUGCUAGUUUUUUUCCACAGAUGGCAGAUCUACUGGAGUCUACGCUUAAAGUUGUGCAUCUAUAGAUGUAUGCACGAUUGUGCCUUUGACAGUUGCAGUGCCUAAGCGGUAGAGGAAAUUAAAUCACAAGCGUUCAAAAAUAGUCUCCAGGGGUGGAAAGACUUUUAAGGAUAUGGUUAUAUGAAGCUAGUUUAGACACUGAAGCAUUGCUGAAAUCGCGAUAAUCUUACAGCCGCCGAAGAGGAGGAGGAGGAGGAUGCUUUUUGGAUUUGUGCCUCUUCAAGAGAAGCAAGGGCAUUGUGCGAGCACAUCUCAAUUCCCAUCUUCUCCUGGAGAAGGCUGACCCGGUUUCAGCGUGUUACGUGGGAGCGGGUCCUGUCCGGAGGGACCUGUCCUUUACUAGUGCUGAUCUAAGGAAGUGAGGAAGGAGGGCACCAACGUGUGUUCCCUCAUCCCCGAUCCAUCUCACACCCUUCAUGUGCCAUUCUCUUAAAUAUUGCUUAUUUAAGAAGAAAGAUCAUGGUGGCUGUCAGAGGGAAGGAUUCGAGAUUCGAGCUGCUGCAGGAAGCCAAUGAGGAGAGCUACACGCCGGCCACGGCUGAGGGCACACGAGGAGCGCUCAGGAGUCUACUCCACCGGGGUUAAAGUGUGCAGUGUGCACUACUUCCUGCCGCAGGUAGAGCUGUCACAGUGUGGUGUGGAGCUCUAGCUGUGUCAGAGGCUUGCCGUGUCCUUGCCUCACUGCUGCGAGAGCUGCUCGGCUGGAUAUCGCAAUCUUUCUCACGCUCUCACGAGGAAUCUGGAUCCCGCCACCACCAUGGAGAAGUGCUGUUCUGAGUGUUCAGAGCCCCGGAUGGCGCAGAGCUUGUGUACCUUCUGCAACAAGUGGCUGUGCUUCCAGUGCACAGACCUGCACCAGCAUGAGAGAGUCUCCACUCAACCCUCUGAUCUGCAGCACCAGCCGCGAGACCCUCCGUCACCGUCUGAAAUAGGAGCCGGUUGCUGCGGGCAUGCUGUUGUCAUGUGUCCUCUCCAUAAACAGGAGCCUCUGGAACUCCUGUGUGAAACGUGCGACCUCAUGGCCUGCAGCAUCUGUCACCUGUCCGCCCACAAAGACCACCGGCUGGUGCAUGUUGGGAAAGCUCUGCAAGACCAGCGCUGGCUCCUGCAGAACCUCAUGGCCCGAGUGGAGGAGAAAAGAUCAACUGUGGAGAGCACCGCCAAACAGAUCCAGGGCAGGCUCCACGGUAUAAAGAUCACGCAGAGGAAGGCAGAGAACCAGAUAAAAAUGGCAAAGAUGAUUAUGAUGAACGAGCUUAACAAACGGGCCAACCUAUUAAUAGAGCAACUGGAGAGUAUUUCCAGUGAUUUCAAGCAACGUCUGGAGGACCAGCUGCAGGGGGCCAUAGAACUGUGCAGCCAGCUGGAGCAUGUGCAGAACUUCUUUACCUGGGCUACGGCCCAUCACAGACGCAAUCCGCUGCUAUUCAGCAAAGAGCUGAUUGCUCUUCAGAUGCAGCAAUUACUGGAGCCACUGAUGCUCUCAGAGGCUUGGACCCCAUUGAAAAUCAAGUUUAACUGGGAUGCCAGCUUCUGGACCAAGCAGAUGUCCACUUUAG